UGCAGUCAUCUUAUUGUGAGGUACAGCAGACAAACUAUUUCAUAAUGGUAGGGGUACCGGUUUUAACUGUUCUGAUUUCAUGUCUUGGAAUAUUGUCUGCAAAUGCAGCAACUGUCAAACCAAAGGUAACUGUUACUCCAAAUAUCAAGGAGGGCCAGGUAGACUCCUCAGUUAAAUGCCCUAAUGGAUUUGUGAGAUAUGAGGAAUCCUGCUACAGCUUUCACUCGGAGGCAUUCUCCUGGCCAGAGGCGCUGGUGUUUUGUAGUACAUUCAAAAACACUCUGGUAACCCUGAGAUCAACUGCCCAGUAUGAAUUUCUGCAAGGCAUUUUAGCAACUAUCACAGCUCCCGAGGUCCAAGCUAUAAAACACACUACUCCGUCCCCAUUUUAUUCAUACAAUUUCCGUCCAAGUAGACAGCAAAGACAAAAUAAUCUACAAUUUCGAUCUAAAUCCGUAUCCACAGGUGGGUUUACUGCUGCGGGAUUUUGGACAGCCGGAACAGCAGCAGACCUUCCAGGUGAAUGGAAAUGGGCUACCAACAAUAGGGACAUUGAAUUUGACACGUUUAAUGCCACAGACCCAAAUAAAGCUACUCUAGGAUUCCCUACAAAACAGCGAAGUGGAUGCCUGGCCCUUGCCAAGGCCGUUGGAUUCCGAGUCUCCAGGAUGGAUUGCAAGACUCCGCUGCACUUUGUUUGUGAACGUCUUGAUCCAUACUAAAGCAUGGACUACAAUCAUUACUGGAAUACUUGUUUGCUGAUAUAUGAAGGGUACGCAUGUCUUGCUUUGAAGUCGAAUUAUGGAUUACAUUUUAUUUAAUUAUUAUCAUAUACCAUGAUGCUCACCUUUCAGUGAUGCAUGUCUUUCUGUCUGUCAUGUACUGGUUCGUCUUCUUAAUGUUUCAAAGUGAUAAUCAAAACUAUGUCUGGGAAUUGUGGAAUUUUCAGUUCUUCAUAAUUGUAACGUUGACAACAUGUAAUACAUUAUAUGAGAAUAGAUACUAAUAACACAUUUUUUAAACAAAAAAAAAUUCAUUGUAAAACUCUCAAAAGUGUACCAGUCAUAGUAUUCCGGGUUACUGAGCUUGAAUUCAAAAAUGUUCAUAUUACUUUGUAAUAGUGACUUUAAAAUUUAAAAUCUUAAUCAUGAUUCAUGAUUCACUUUUCAUCAAUCAUAGAAAAUUGACAAUCAGGACCCUAUGUGGAUCUAAAUAGACAAAAUGUAUGUUAUGUUAUGUGAUAUAACAAUAACAUGUUAAUUUUUUUAAAAUUUAUAUUUCUGUAAGAGUCCAAAAUUUUCUUUGUAUUAAAUACUUAAAAUAAGUAUGCAAGUACUAUUUCUUGGUGGAAAAAAAUGUCCAGCGACUGCAUAACAUCCUAACUGUUUUCUACCUUAUAUUUCUUUGUAUCUCUUUUUAUCAUCAUAAUGCACAAUUUUUCUUGUGUUGAAACGUAUACACAUGUGCAAUUCGUUAUUUUGUGUAUUGUCUACUGAUGCUACAAUAAGUAUACUCUAUAUAUCAUAUAAGUGUUUUUUUAAUUUCCAGUGAUUCUCCUCAUAAUGUACAGACUAUUUCAGACUUCGAUGUUUGUUUAUCUCAUAGUUAAAGAUCACAUUUUGACAAAAUAAAUGCAAU